UUUAGAUGUUUGGUGUUACAUUUCAAACUUGUUUAGCUUGUAUGUUGAGUUUUGGGAUUUAUUUCAUUGUCAGUCGUUAUAAUGGCUGAGCAUGUCAUAAAACACAAAUACAGCUGUCACACUUAUUAUUUGCCGUGCUUUCUUGUAUGAAAUGUGAUGACUUAUGCCUUAACUUGAUUCUUCUGGCCUGUCAAUACAUAGGAUUGCUUCGUACCUACUAAUUAGUUGCGGAUUUUGUUGGUAUUGUUACUUAGUUCAAUUCUUGGCUAAGCGAUUUUACAAUAAUUCUGCAACGUUGAUCAAUUUUCAUUCAUUAAAAUAUGCUCCGAAAAAUUUAUGCAUGGCCUGCAAAGAGACGCCUUAGUGUUAAGAGGAAAGCUCCAAAAACCGUGUCAGUGCAAAUGAAUAAGCGCCAAGAGCUUCCAAUUUCUCCACAAAAGAAGUGUAACCCAGCCGCGAGAAAGCAUUCAUUUACAAAACCUAAGACACGACAAUUACGCAAAGCGCCCAUCCUGAAAUCUCAGACCCCUACAAACGAAAGUUUGUUAGAUGAUGCAGAUACUCAGGUGAAUGCGGAUUGCUAUCACCAAUAUCCACCACAUAUAAAAACCCAUCAUAACUUUAUAGAUUGUCCAAACAUUUCACCUCCGUCGUGUAUUCCCACUCCCAAUUCGGAGCCCGUUAAAAAUCAAGAGUUACAUUACAAUUGUCAAACUUUCCAUACCAUAUCAGAAAAUGACCACAUAAUACCUGAAUUACAAGGUACUUCCAAAACGGGACCUCUAGUAGACAUUACCUCAAACCAUUGUGUAGCUGUAGAAUCAGACUCAAGCGUAGCACUUAUUGAGUGUCCUGAACAAUAUUCUUUCUCAAAGUUGAUGAAUAAUUCAGUCCAGCAAGUCAACCCUCUUAAUGAUAUGGAAUCUAAUUUAUUCAAUGAAGUUGGAUAUGUCGGUGAAGAUGAAACGGCACAACAUUCAGAUGAAGAAAGCGAACCAAGUGACUCAUCAUCUUCCAUUGCUCCUCCACAAGAAUUGUCUACGGAAAUCUCAGCAAUAGAAGAAUGUGAUGACACAGACUUCGAGGAGAUUGAUGCAUAUGCCUUCAUACGCAGCCUUCCACCAUUACCUUCUGAUGUUGUUUGUCGUCCACCUGCAUUGCCGAAAAGAACUCGUUCCUCUCCUGAAUUUUGCUUAGUUCUUGAUUUGGAUGAGACUUUAGUUCAUUGUAGCUUAAAUCCCCUUUUGGACGCUCAGUUCAUCUUCGAAGUCGUUUUCCAGGGCGUAGUGUAUAUGGUGUAUGUUCGAAUUCGACCACAUUUGUAUGAAUUUCUUUCAAGUGUAUCUGAAUUUUUUGAGGUUGUACUUUUUACAGCUAGUACAAAAGUAUACGCUGAUCGUCUCGUCAAUUUAAUUGACCCUAAUAAGAAGUGGAUCAAGCAUAGACUAUUUCGUGAACAUUGCGUUUGUGUGAAUGGUAACUACGUGAAAGAUCUACGUGUUCUUGGUCGAGACCUUCGCAAAACUGUGAUUAUUGAUAAUUCACCACAGGCAUUUGGAUAUCAGUUAGACAAUGGCGUUCCAAUCGAAAGCUGGUUUGUUGAUUCUAAUGACAGUGAAUUAUUGAAGCUAAUCCCAUUCUUGAAAGAAAUUACAAAAGCAGAUGACGUGAGACCAUUAAUUGUUGAUCGUUUCCGGUUACAUGAAAAAGUUUUGGCAGCUCCAUCCCUCCCUCCGCUUACAUCAGAAUCACCAUCAUCUUCAACAUCGUCAUCAUCUGAUGUUCAAACUUGAUGUGUGUUUUUGAUUCUUCAACAAUAAUUAACGAUGGUUUAAAAUGUAUUAUUCAGCACAUACAGAUACACACACACACAAGAAAUUAAUUCUAUACUUUAAUUUUGUUUUACGAGCAUCACAUCAAUAAUUUCUUUUCUGAUUUAAUACUUUUCAAAAGUAUCACUCCUUUUUUAUACAUAGUUAUCAUCAUUAUUGUUAUUUAUUAUUAUUAUAGUCAUCUAACUUCAUUUUUUACAGCUGCAAUAAUCAUAUUUUCUUUAUAAAACACUGACUUUCAUUUUUAUCUCGAGUAGAGAAGCGAACAGUAAUCAUUGGCAUUCAUUUAUUAUUAUCUCAUAACUACUACUAUUGCUAUUGUCAUCAGCAUUCAUCAUUGUCAAUCAACACGCACAUACACAACGUGUGGGUGUGUGUGUGCGCGGACGAUAGAUAUAGUUUAAAGAUAUUAUUUAAUAUUAAUUUCAUUUCAUUAUUAAGCUUAUUAUUAUUUAUAAGUAAAGAGUAUUUCACUUUUUUAAUUCCUAUUAUUGUAAUAAUCCUGAUCAAAUAAUCUUAUUUAUUUCUUCUUUUGUCAUUAUAUUUAUUAUUGCCGUUUAUAUUUUUAAGCAUUAAUACUUCUACUACUACUACUAUCCUCGCCGAUUAUAAGUAGUAGUGACAGUUUACUUCCCCCCUCCCCACCCCCUUUAUUUUUAUUUAAUUUCAUUGCUUUUUUUCAUCAUUUUAUAUACUUAUACGUAUUUGCAUUGAUUCAUCAUGUGUGCGUGUGGGUGAGUUUAUUCCCUUGCUUUUAUUUUCAUCAUCACCAUAUAUAUAUAUAUAUAGAACACUGCUAUCUUAACAUUUGCAUUUAUUGUAUUUUCUUCAUACACGGAUAUUAUUAUUUCUGAUAUACUAUAUAUAUAUAUAUAUAUCAUAUUGUGUAUCCCUAUCAUUAUCUAAGUAACUAAGCGAUUGACUAACUAGCAACAGAGAUGUGCACGUGUAUUUAACGUGUGUGUGUGUGUAUCUGGAUGUGUUUUCAUUGGCUGUUUUGUUUGUUGUAUUUAUCUCAAAUCCAGUCAGUCAUUCUCUUUGAUGAUUGAAUAUACUUAAAGAGUAACCAUCGUUGUUUUGAUUAAAGCAUUUCUUUUGAAUAUAUUCCCUCAUUUUUACGCAUUAUAUAUCUUCAUUCCUUAUUGUCUGUUAAACUGGUGAAUACGUUUUCAUUCUCCCUAUAUAUAUAUAUAUAUAUAUAUAUAUAUAUAU